AUGUCUACACCUACUUCUCCGCGUCAUCGCGCGACUCCAAUUCCCCACGCGCCCACCCGAAACAUCCUCCUCUUCCUGGUUGCCUUUCGCCUGCUCAACGCCUUUACCACGCGCACAUUCUUCCAGCCAGAUGAAUACUUUCAAUCACUAGAGCCCGCCUGGCAGAUCGCAUUUGGUCCAGACCAGGGGGCCUGGCUGACGUGGGAAUGGCGGAACCAACUACGAUCCUCAUUACACCCGCUCAUCUUCGCCGCACUUUACAAAGCUGCGGAUUUCCUUUCUUUGGUCCUUCACCUCUCCCCCGCGACGCGUGCCGAACUCCUGAUUGCCGCCCCGAAGACAGCGCAGGCCGUUGUAGCGGCAAUCGGUGAUUUCUACACUUGGAAACUUGCAGUCCGCGUCUACGGAGAUGAGUCUCGUGGUGCCUGGACAACGCUCGCUGCUACCGUCCUGAAUCCCUGGCAAUGGUUCUGCUCGACUAGGACCCUGUCGAAUUGCCUGGAAACAACAAUCACCAUUGUCGCAUUGGAACUAUGGCCAUGGCAAUGGUCGACAGCCUCUGCUAUUACCAAUGGCCACGUUAAAAAUGCCACCAGCCAAAAGAAGAGCACGGGCCAAGACCGUGGUGUUAUUUUUCGGCUGCACAAAUGUCUACCACUGGCUGCAAUCGCUUGCAUAUUGCGACCGACCAAUAUCCUGGUUUGGGCCACACUGGGUAGCAUCGCUUGGCUUCGGACCUCUUGGGCCCAGCGCCGAAUCCUCGUGGCCGAAGUUUUAGUAUGCGGAUCGGCAAUGCUAGCUAUCUCUGCUGUUGCAGACCGCUUGUUCUAUGGCAUUUGGACUUUGCCGCCACUCAGAUUCCUAUACUUCAAUAUCGCCCAAUCACUGGCUGUCUUCUAUGGCAAUAAUAACUUCCACUACUAUGCCACGGAAGGCUAUCCACUCCUCCUCACCACACUGUUGCCUUUUGCUGUACUUGGUCUAUACCGAACCUUGACAACCCGGAGCUCUUCGGUUGUCGAUAAUGUGCCGACCGCGAUCCGGGUGCAAUUGGCGACGGUGUGUUUAGUCAUGCCAUUCGUCCUCUCCUUGAUCUCACACAAGGAAGUGCGCUUUAUCUACCCAUUGCUACCGUCUCUGCAUAUCUUGGCUGCUCCGCCUUUGGUGCAAUUCUUCUACCCCGCCAUCUACUCGCGAGCAUACCCUCGCCAUACCCCUCGCAGGUUGAUUCUCAUCUUCCUCGUGUUUGUUAACCUUGUCGUUGCGUUAUAUACCACUAUUCGCCACGCCUCAGGGCCCCUCAGCGUCCUCUCCUAUCUCCGCCAGCAACAUGAAGCCCACGCCCCCGCUCAGAAAGAACCAGAAUCCACAGCUGGAAUCUCAGCAGGCUUCUUAAUGCCCUGCCACAGCACUCCUUGGCGCUCCCAUCUAGUCUACCCAACAAUAAACGCCUGGGCCCUGUCCUGUGAGCCUCCAAUUGACCAAACCGAUGCCCAAAAGUCCGUCUACCGCGAUGAAGCAGACCAGUUCUAUGAUGACCCAAGCCUAUUCCUCCGCCAAAACAUGGCAGGCGGUCUCCGCCAUUUGCCCCAUCGACCCAGCUACGCCUCGGGCGCCCAUUCCCUAUCAGGAACAGACCUAGCCCCACCCCAGCAACACGAGUGGCCAGACUAUCUCAUAUUCUUCGCCCAACUCGAACCAACGCUCCACAGCCUCCUCCGCGGUUCCUCCUACGGCGAAUGCAAACGCAUUUUCAACACAGACUGGCACGACGACUGGCGCCGUCGCGGCGACAUCGUAGUCUGGUGUCUAGACCCAAAAGAGCAAGAUGCAUGGCGCGCCGAAACCCAAACGCGCGUCAACCAUAGUCGCGAAAAGCAAUUCGAUCGUAUCAUGGAGGCGUUCAGGAAAGAAAUGCGCAGCCAGCAAAAGCGCGGUUGGGCUGCUAAAAUUCCUUCUUGGUCUUCUUUGUCUUCUUGGCCGUCGUCUCGUUCUACCUUUGCUUCCAGCUUUGCUUCGUGGCAGCGCUCUGCGCAGUCGCUCUUCACUCCUAGAUCUUCAUCCAUUGCGUGGCCUUGGCGGCCAAAGUCUCGUUGGGAGACCUUCUUAGCGCGUUUCCGGAUGCCUGCGCGUAGGACGGGCUGGAUUCCGUCUUGGGGCGUGGGUUGGGUUCCUCAGUGGCCUCCUUGGUUACAGGGUAAAAAGAAGUCACCUUUGGAUCGGGAUCUUUGGUCGUGA